AUGGCUACGAAGAAGAGCAUUCUUCAGAGGUUGCUGGGUAGGAUUGGCACUUCACAAAUUCAAGUGGUUUUAGUGGUCCUUGGCCUCCUCACCACUUCGUCCUGCCUUGAGUUAGGAGAAACCUGCGGGUCGGGCAACCAAUGUGACGAUGGUCUCCGUUGUGAAGCGUGCCCUGCAAAUGGGAACACCCGACCCAGAUGUACUCGGAUCCAGCCCACGAGCCCCACCUCCAAGGUGAAAGGUCUGGCGUUCAACAAGUAUUCAUGGUUGACCACGCACAACUCGUACGCUCGCUCCGGUGUUACGUCGGCCACCGGAUCCGCCAUUAUAUCCCCAACCAACCAGGAAGACUCGGUCACCAGUCAACUCAAUAACGGGGUUCGAGGACUUAUGCUGGAUAUGUAUGACUUCGAAAACGAUAUAUGGCUGUGUCACUCCUUCAAUGGGCAAUGUUACAACCUCACCUCAUUUGAACCGGCCAUCAACGUGCUGAGAGAGAUACGAUCGUUUCUGGAAGCAAACCCGACAGAGAUUGUGACUCUCUUCAUAGAAGACUACGUCACAUCUUCCAACGGCCUCACCAAGGUGUUCAACGCUUCCGGCCUCUCCAGCUACUUAUUCCCUCCGUCUCGAAUGCCCAAGGAUGGCGCCGACUGGCCCACCGUCGACCAAAUGGUUGAUCAAAACCAGCGUCUCCUUGUCUUUACUUCCAAAUCAUCCAAACAAGCCUCCGAGGGCAUUGCUUACCUGUGGAACUACGUCGUUGAAAACCAAUAUGGGGAUGAUGGAAUGAAAGCCGGAUCAUGUCCGAAUCGCGCAGAGUCGUCGCCGAUGGACAACAGAUCCAAGUCACUGGUUCUGGUAAACUAUUUUCCGACGAACCCGAUUGCAGAGGAAGCUUGCGCCAACAAUUCAGCGCCACUGCUUAACAUGAUGAACACUUGCCAUCAGGCAUCCGGCAAUCGGUGGCCGAAUUUCAUAGCUGUUGAUUUUUACCAGAGGAGUGAUGGGGGAGGAGCCCCGGAAGCUGUUGAUGAGGCCAAUGGUCAUCUCACUUGCGGCUGCGAUCGCAUCGCCUAUUGCAAGGCAAAUGCUACGUUUGGGACGUGCGAUGUGCCUGUGAUAUCUCCGCCGCCGCCAGCUGCGGUGGGUAACGGAGGAGGCCAGGCUUCCCAUUCCGAAGGCAUUAGACCCGCCGAGUUGCUGCAAUCUGCUGCUCUCAUUUUGGCAUUAACAACUUUGCUCGGCUUCCACAUGACAUAGGUCACACUUGGGUCGUUCCGUUGGCAUUUUUGGAAUCUAUGCCCAUUUAUUUUCCCUAUCUGAUUUCAUCUGGUGUUUCAUUCCCUUUUCCACCCCUGAUACAAUAUUUCCAUGUCUCUGCUCCGCUUUCACUACAAUGUUUCGGGCUUCUUGCUCUGUCUACUUUUUUUUUUGUUGACCGAAAUGCUCUGUCUACUUUCGAACAUCAUUGCUCGUGCUAGGGCGAAUGAUCUCUUUUACGUGUAUAUGAUUAUUGAUGUCAUAGAUUGAUUGAUUCAUACACAUUUCUUCCCUUUA